ACUUCAUAUGUCUCCGACAUAGCCAGAACAAGGCACCGAGAAUUGGGGCCGCAAAGCCGGCCAGCCACCUCUUUCUUUUUCAUACCUUGGAUUCCAGGAUGAUCGACUUUUUCUGGUGACAUUGUGCAGUCUUUUCUUGGAGAAGCCUUCACUUCUACCAAUAGAGCUUCCAGGAGGUGCUUAAGGGGUUGUCUGAGUGUUAGACCAAAAGGCCAGGUUUUAGGGUACUGGGGAGUGAGGUGAAAGACCAGCAAGCUCCUACAGCAGCUGUUCCUUCAGAAGCAUAUCGAGAUAUGACGGUCCCCAAAUGGGGCUCACCUGGUUUUAGCACCCUUGUGUGGGAAGAAUACAAUCUGGACAAAAGGCCAUUGGAGACCUUUGGGGUACAUUUAGGCAAAGUUAAGGUCCCCUCACCAUCAUCCCAACCUGACCCAAUCCACAGCUACCAGACCCAGGACAGUGAAGGGCCUCCUGCCAUAUCAUCAAGACCCAACUUCAACUAGAAACACCCCAGCCUGGACAUGGGCGGAAAACCAUAGCGGUUACUCAUUGCCUAACUCAAUUCAGAUCCGCCAGAUACUGGUAACUUUUGGGUGACCCUGGUGAAAACAAAGCCAGGACAGGUCUUUGUAUGUCAGAGUCCAGGACUCCCGCCAGCUGGCCAGGCAGGCUGCCUGCCUGGGACGCUCUCUACCCAACUCAGAGGCCACAUUGCCCACACUCAUUCUUCCUCAUUUUGCACCCCAAUAGGAGAAUUCGCUCUUCCUGGAAUUGUGCCCACUUCGGAGACAGCUUCAGGCGAUGGUGGUGAGGAGGGCAUGGGAGGUUAGCAAAGUCGGUGGAAGACAAAAGCCGGGGUAACCUGCUGAGAACAGGGGUACUGGGGAUAGAAUUGGAACUAUAUUAACAUCUGUCAGGGACUCUCAAAUGUGGCAUGGCAAGUCACUUGAUUACACGUAUGUUAUUUAGUUAAAUUUGUUAAAAUUAUGAGAUGCUCACAAACCCGGUGAUAAACUCGCUCCCUUCCUAUUGGCUGGCCUGGUCACAUGGCCGCCCAACUUUAUUCAGUUGACAGCAAGUAGGAGGGCCCAAUGGAAGGAGAAAAAAAGACAACACGAGAAAAAUUAGUAUUUUCUACCUUCUGAAAUUAAUGGCCAUGAGUUCGUAUAUGGUGAACUCAAAGUACGUGGACCCCAAGUUUCCUCCGUGCGAGGAAUAUUUGCAGGGUGGCUAUUUAGGCGAGCAGGGAGCCGACUACUACGGCAGCGGCGCACAGGGCUCCGACUUCCAGCCCUCGGGGCUCUAUCCACGGCCCGACUUCGGUGAGCAACCCUUCGGAGGCGGCGGGCAGGGGCCUGGCUCAGCGCUACCGGCGCGGGGUCACGGACAGGAGCCGAGUGGCCCAGGAAAUCACUACGGUGCCCCGGGAGAGCCGUGCCCAGCGCCCCCGCCUGCGCCCCUGCCUGGCGCCCGGGCCUGCAGCCAGCCCACCGGCCCCAAGCAGCCGCCCCCGGGGACAGCCCUCAAGCAGCCGGCUGUGGUCUACCCCUGGAUGAAGAAGGUGCAUGUGAAUUCGGUGAACCCCAACUACACCGGCGGGGAGCCCAAGCGUUCCCGGACAGCCUACACCAGACAGCAAGUCCUAGAACUGGAAAAGGAAUUUCAUUUUAACAGGUAUCUGACCAGACGCCGUCGGAUUGAAAUCGCUCACACCCUGUGUCUGUCAGAGCGCCAGAUCAAGAUCUGGUUCCAGAACCGGAGGAUGAAGUGGAAAAAAGACCACAAACUGCCCAACACCAAGGGCAGGUCUUCUUCUUCUUCCUCAUCUUCCUGCUCCUCCUCUUCAGCUGCCCCCGGCCAGCAUUUGCAGUCCAUGGCCAAGGACCACCAUACGGACCUGACGACCCUAUAGAAGUGGGGACCCUGGGCCCAUCCCUCCCUGCACUCCAGGUUGAGGCGAAGCUGCGGGUGCAGGCGGGGCCUGCUGUCACCUCCCUGGGCUCUAAGGUACUGUGGGGGUGGACCUGGGACUUGCAGGCCGCUCUCGGACUAGGUUACCAUCCUGCCCGAGGGCAGCCCCCUCCCUAAAGGGAUGGGGUGGGAGGGUGGGCGGGCUUCUUUAAGUAUAUUAUCAUAUGGCAGGAGCUACUGAGAACAUAAAACCUUGGCGAGUCAUUAAACUCAUGAAAAUCUCUGCUGUUGGAUGUUGAAUUUGCAAAUGAAGGUUGGAGGCUUUACUCCAGUGGGAACCUGAACAUUCUCCUCCACACCACCCCUUCAGGGGGCUGCGAGACUUAGUAGCUGUGGGGGUAGUUGAGGCAGAAGGCCAGCACCCAGUGCUAGGUGCUUUCAGUGUGAACAGAAGAGCUGAGGGAGAGUCUCAGAACUUUCUGAGUUAUCUAUAUAAUUUCUGCUGUGAUAAAGAGAAAUGCUUUGCUCCCAGUGGCCCAGGCCCAAAGAAAUAAAUCCAAGAAGGAAGUGGAAACGGGUUAUUUUAUGUUCUGAUUAUAUUUGCUUAAAUAUUUAUUUGUUGGGGGAAUGAACUACAGAAAAUCCCUGGCACCUGUGUGCCAAAAACCUUAGGCUAGUGAAAAGAAUCGAGCUUCAGGGGGCUGAAUUAGAUAUCUGUGGACUCUCUUCUGGCCCUAUUUGGGAUUUUGAGCUCCUCCCUCCCACCCAUCCCCUGGAAAUAUGUGUAGGAGGCCCUUAACUCUCCCAGAGGGAAGUCAAGGACCCAGGAAAACUGAGUUUUGAAAAUGUAUUUCCACAUGUGCUUGCUCCAGCACUGUGUUUGCAAGGUGGUUGAAAGAAAGAGAAGGGGAAAUAAGAAACAAAUGGCCCAAUAUUUUUCUCCGGGGAAAGAAAACAAAACCUAUAUGCCCUGGGUCAUCAGGUAAUUUCUGAAUUUUCUUUUCCAACUGAAUUCCAAAUGCUCCAAGUACCUCCACAUAGCAGAUUUUUUUUUAAAAAAAUAGGAAUCACAAUCAGUGUAUGGCCUAUGGAGGGUGGGUGGCCCUGUGCAGUAGGGAGAAAGAGGGUUGGUAGGUGAGGAAGUCUUGUUUUUAAAAAGGAACUAAUAGACUCUGGAAGUCCACAAAAGUUGAUCUUAAAGAUAUUUCCCUGAGGGGUGUGUGUGUGUGUGUGUGUGUGUGUGUUUUCUGAAGUGUUUCUCAAGACAUUAAUUACAAGUAGAAAUUGUAAAAGCCUCAAAGUUUUCAGGUCCCCUUGAAGCCGAGUGGCUUUACCUUGAAGCCAGUGGCUUUAGAACAAGCUCAAACAACAGUAAGGAUAGUUAUUUAUUUACUUUUAUUUCUCGUCUGGGAAGAGUUCAAAUCUCAUUUUCAUAAAACACUAACCCUUAACGACGAGGAAGAUAAGGGUCAAAGGUGAUGAUGGAGCUUAUACACUCAAAUGAAAUGAGGUUUUGAAAGCUUGAACCCCAAAGCUUGGGCUCCAGACAGAAACUCCUGACUGCAGUCUCCCCCACCCCAGUAAGAAAUAGGGAGGGGUAAACUUAAAUUUUACUCAUAAGAUCAAUAGUGCUGCUACUUUUCUCAGUAUUUCAGAAUACUUUAGAAGGUUUCAGCGGUUGUUUUUAAAAUAGAUUUCAGUGGAGGAGGAAAAGGCCUGGGCUUUGGUUCUGUGUCUCCUGAGAGCUGAGGGAGGGCAAGGAUUCAACUGAAGUCCCUAAACUGAAAUUCUGCUUCUCUGAAGUAUCUUCCAAGCCUUGGUCUUUUGUAUUCGACCCUGGGGAAAGCUCUUUGUCCCUCCUUGGGGUGAGCCUGCUCUCAGACUUGCACAUGGCAAUACUUGAAUAUCACCACGUCGGGAUAUUAAAGAUGGAUAUUCCUGCAUUAUUUGCAUCAUUGUUUCUAUGACAAAAAGCACAGAGUUCAUACAUAGUCAAGAUGUCUUUUUUUCUGACGCCCUCACGUUGAGAAGCUGAAAAGGUAUUUUACUGAAGUUGGGCUAAAUUACAGAAUCAGGUUCACCCAGAGGGCAAAUUUUCUGUUCGAUUGGUUGUAUUUCAGCCGGGAGGACUGACCUCUAAACCCUUAACCUUUUGGACUGUAACUACCCUUCUCCUCUUUUCCCUGUCCCUCUAACACGGAAUUUCUUUGGAUGCUGUGUUUGAAAAGGGCAGCUAGCUAUCCUUGGGCCAAUUGGCAAGUUGCUAAGAUUCUUUCCUAAAAGCCAAAUCUGAGCAAAUAUUGAACCACGGCCUUGGGUCAGGGGAGUAUAUAUUUUCACAAGAUUCAACCAUAUAUACUUACUAUGAAGAUUAUUAUAUAGAUUUUUUUUUCUCCUCUUCUCCAAAGUCCUGGUUACUCCUCCAGCUUCAGACCAAAUACUACCCCUUCUUCCUCCUGCCCCAAGGGAAAGCCAAAAGUACGCUUUCCAGAAGAAAACCCUGGUUCCUUCCCAAGCAUAGCCCCACUACUUUGGAAAGUAACUUAACCCGAGAAACAACUUCUUUGUUUUUAAGACUCAGCUCUACUACUCAGCUGGGAGGGAUUGUCUUUUGAAAUGCUAAUGGCUCUUGCCUGGCCUAAAGAGCAAUUGCCAGUCUUGAAGUCCCAUUCGAACCCUAGUAUCCAUUUGGGUCCAAAAGAGGACCCAAAAGACCAGGAAAGGGGUAGCCCCCGCACUCCCCCCCCACCCUGGUCACCUAGGGCAGGGAAGGAACUGCAUCUCCAUCUGGGAACGUGCUGUAGAGAAAGCAAGACGUAGAAAGGCCCUGGUGCCCAUUUGCUGUUCUUUGUUUCCAGUUUGUUCCCCCAAAUAUGAGCCAGAAGUGUUUAUUUGGGUGUUUUAAAACCUGUGUGGGGUGGUGAUUGGGGCUGAGGAGUGGAGCCUUUGCUGAGGAGUGGGCCUCGGGCUCACACCUCACUUCGUUCAUUGCAGCCUUUUGUUGAGAGGUGACAUUGUCAGUCAGCCCCUUGGAGUCUGCUCACAAAGAUGCUUUUUAAAAAUAGAAUUGACCGUGUUUUACCACCACUGAUUAAAGUAUUAUUUAUAUUAAUUGUUGCCUGUAGUUUUGAUGUAAUUCAUUGAUCUAUAUUUGAAAUAAUAAAAGGUGUAGUAAAAUCUCCCUCCUGUUUGGUGCCUUGAUAGAGACUCUUUGUUAAGUUUCCCAAAAACCAGCAUUCAUUAUAAACAAUUUAUC